CAUCCAUAGUACUAUAAUAUGUAACAAUGUAAGCCUGCCACACUUCACACCCACAAUACAUACGUCCAUAAUACGUCCACAAUACGUCCACAAUACACCCACAUAACCCACUUACCUUAGCCCAACAUCCAGCCGCCCGCGGGUGGCCAUUCAUUCGAGCGAACCUCCUCCGAUAGAACCUCCAACCAAAUCCCCGAAGCUUCGUUCGACGACAACGAAAACGAUACUGUAUCGCCCAAGUUCCAUCACAUGUCUUGGUCCAUUUAGUACCUACGUCUACCUCUACGUCACUUGCCAUCUUGAUAUCGACCUUAGAUGUAGGAAUGAUACUGUCCGUUAAUCGAUUCUAACGACGACGCCCCUUGUCAGAUUGGUUCCAGGAGAUUCAUAAAAGCAAAAUACUCCCAAAGACUUCAGAAAGAGGAAAUUCGAGCCCGAGGCCCGAAUACUUAGUACUGGACUUGUCACAACCUAUCGCCGCCGUGCCUCAUGGCGUAAUCCAUGGCAGACCGAAAACCCUCUGCUGCGAAUCUGCGCUCUUCUCGAUCGGCAGUCGAUAACGAUAAUUACGAUACUCAAGCGCGACUUCCUUCUAUUCCAGACUUGAAUCUGAACUUAAACCAGAACUUGAACCAGAGCCUGAACCAGGCGUCAGCCGCUCCUGCCUUGUCACCAUCAUCCUCUAUAUCAAUAUCCCCAAGAGUCACACGCUCCUCCGCGCGCAACGCGGCAAGCCAAGGAGCAUCGCCGGCGGAUACCAAUUCUGGUAAUAAUCCUGCUGGUCUGUCAUCUGCAACCGCCGCAGCCAGCACCAACGCAAACCAGUCUUCCUCGAAGCCUACGCCCGCACGCAAGAGGAAAUCUGUCCCUGCGGAUAGCAACUUGCCAAACCAGGCCUCGCAGGCCGAAACAGCUGCGCCUCCUCGUCGAUCUAAGAGGCAGAAGGUUUCGGAGCCAGCGCCUGAAGCCCCACCUGCCCCUACUCCUGCAUCUUUUGCGCGCAAGCGGAAAGGAAAGAACACGGCUUCUAUGUCCAGUCCAACCCCUGCUGCUGACCCACCCCCACCAGCCAGAAUGCAGGAUUCUACAAAUUCAACCUCAGCCUCGUCAAGUCGAAAGUCGAGUCGCAACAAGAAAGGCGUGCCAGUAGCAUCAGACCUAUCUACAACAGUUGCUUCCGGCUCUACUCGACGAUCGAAGCGAACAUCUAGCAAUCAUCCACCCCCCGACCCCGAUACGACCAUGACGGGAACUGAGGAGCAUGAGAGCGAAGCAGAAGCACCCCCUCCCCCCCCUCCUCCCCCCGCGCACGACCCAGACGAUGAGAACAGCGAUGACAAUGAUGAUGAGGAUGAGGAGGAACCUCACCGUCAUUACGAUGACGAUCCAUUCGGUGGGUUUGGGGGACAUCCAGGCUCAGGCCUGUCUAGCACGCUCAGAGCUCUUACUGGGAUGGUAUCCGGCAUGUCCUCUACACUACGCACCAUCCUCCAUAACCUUCGACAGAAAGGCGAUCCAUCGGUACAGCUUGUUGCUCUACAGGAGCUAGCUCAGAUUCUACUAGUCUCCAACGAGGACAAUCUGUCUGGUCAUUUCUCCCCUGACGCAUUCGUGAAGGAAUUGGUAGCCUUAAUGCAACCUAACGAACUCACAGGCGAUGAGAAUUCUGAGAUCAUGCUUCUUGCUUGUCGUUGCCUUGCGAACUUGAUGGAGGCUUUACCGGCGAGCGCGGCUAAUGUGGUCUAUGGCGGUGCUGUCCCCAUUUUGUGCCAAAAGCUUUUGGAGAUUCACUAUAUCGAUCUCGCUGAGCAAUCGCUGAGCACGCUGGAAAAGAUCUCAGUGGAGUAUCCUACGAGUAUAGUACGCGAGGGCGGCCUACACGCCUGUCUUACUUACCUCGACUUUUUCCCCACGAGCACACAACGGGCGGCCGUAACGACUGCUGCCAACUGCUGCCGAAACAUCCCCGAAGAUUCGUUUAGCGGGAUCGAGGCGGUUAUGCCGAUUCUCUUAAACGUAUUGAGCAGCAGCGACCAGCGUGUUGUAGAACAAGCUUCACUUUGUGUUACUCGCAUAAUCGAAAGUUUCAAAUACCAGUCGUCGAAGCUAGAGCAACUGGUCAGCGUGGACCUACUUAAGGCCAUACUACGACUCCUUGUCCCUGGAACUACGAACCUUAUUAGUGCCAAUAUUCAUACACAGUUUCUUCGAGUGUUGGCCAUCACAGCUCGUGCCAGUCCACGCCUGUCCGCAGAGCUUUUCAAAUUGAAUGUGGUUGAGACACUCUACCAAAUUUUGACCGGCGUCUCUCCCCCAAGCGAGACGGAAGAUGUCGCCUCGAAGCUUGACAGUGUAGUAAUCAUGCAGGCGUUGAUCCAUCGGCCUCGUGAGCAGAUCAUCGAGACUCUUAAUGUAAUCUGUGAGCUGCUUCCGGGUUUGAGAUGGCCCGAUGGUUCGGCAUCCCAGGUAUCUGCAAGCUUGGAUCUGACCGAGCCUCUUACGCCCUCUUCACUCCGACCUCGAAGGAAGUCUGCCAACGAAAAGAGGCUGGAACUUCUCGAUGAAUGCAGAGACCAAGUACGAAGAUUUGCGCUCAUCCUAUUUCCGACUCUAACAGACGCCUUCUCAAGUACAGUGAAUCUAAGCGUUCGGCAGAAAGUGCUCACUGCCCAGUUGAAGAUGCUGUCAAACCUGAACAAAGACAUCCUCGUCGAUGCGUUGAAAUCUGUUCCAUAUGCGUCGUUCCUGGCCUCGAUCUUAUCUCAACAGGAUCACCCCUCACUUGUGAUGUCAGCCGUCCAGGUAACAGAGCUACUCCUAAAUCGACUGGACGAUAUAUACCGCUAUCAGAUUUACCGUGAAGGCGUCAUUGCAGAGAUAACCAAGCUGGCAGCGGAUUAUCAAGAGCCCGAGCAUAAAACAACCGAAAUGUCAACGGACCAUAGUAUGACUUCAGGAGACGAGGGCGAUAGAGUGUCUAUACACAACGGCUCGGAGGAUGAGGAAGAUGAGGACCACGAAGAGCAUGAAGAGCACGAAGAGGAAGAGGACGAGGAUGAGGAGGGCGAGAACGAAGACGACCAAGAAAAUGAGCAUCACGACGACGAUAUGUCAGGUUCCCCUGCUAGUUCCGAUGGAUCUACUAUGUCUAUCGACGGACCUCCUCGCCCCUUCGUUACCGAUAUCCCAUCCAUGAAAUCUCGCAUUGCUGAAGCUGCGAGGGUGUUCCUAGAGACUCAUGAGACUGAAAAGCAUAGUAAGAGUAUGAAGAAGAAAGCAAGCAAGAUUCUAGAGGGUCUCGCAAGCCUAGCCUCCGAAAUUGAAGGAUUUUAUCUUCAAAGGACUGCCACCAAAGAUCUGUCCCCCGAAAAUGGUACAGCACUUUUCGAAAAGUUGUCCUCUUAUUUCGACGCCGACGUCCUGGACAGUGUGACAAGUGCCGAGCUGCUCGCCUCGGGGCUCGUGCGUAUCUUGGAGGAGGUAUUUAGCAAUCCUGAUGAGACACUGGCCAACGCUGCGAGAACUGCUUUCCUUGAGGUUUUCAUGGGCCGAUAUGUGAAUUCGAGACCCAAAACGGCAACUGCAGAUUCUCCCACGACACCCUUCAGUAUUAUGAUCCACAAGCUUCAGGAUCUCCUUAGUCGAUCAGAGCACUUCGAGGUUAUCACCGUACAUCACAAUACAUUUGAUGGCAAUCGCAGCAGCGCCGCAUCUAUGCUGGCCAAACAGAUCAAACUUCGGCUGGUGGCCGACGAUGAGUCCGACAUCCCUCGCUCUUUUCGCACCAUUGUUGUCCAUAUUCACGCUAUUGCAACGUUCAAGGCACUAGAUGACUGGUUACGUCCACGGAUCACUCUCCACGACCGCCCUCGUGGCCCAAGGGCGAGAGAUGGGCUGUCCAGAGCCUUAGCUGCCAUGGCUAGCUCAGCAGGACUACCAUCAGCAGAACGUCUAGCCGAGCGACUGGGAGCGAGCUAUUCUAAUCCCCCGCCCCCUCCGGUGCCAGCGCAGGCCUCUGGCUCUCGCCCGCCUCGUAGGUCCAAGUCAAAACAGUCCGGGCAAUCUGACACACCAUCUACCCCAGGGUCGGUAGCAGGCUCUGGCCGAGAGAAGGCGAUUCUUCGUAGGUCAACACGGCGCCAGACGGCGCAGCCAAGUGAGGCGCAAGCCCCUCCGCCGCCCCCGCCGGAUGAUGAAGAUUUACAAAAUGCGUUAGAAUGCGCCGAUGAGAAGCCAAUCAGUGAUGAGGAGGACGAGGCUGACAUUGGGGAUAGCAGCGCUCUUGAUGCUAUAGUUGGUGAGCUCGACGAGGACGUUGAAAAUACACUUGCCCCGGAUCCAUCCGCAGUCAACUUAGUAGAGGCAGACAGUGGGAAGAUCACCGCCAGGAAAGAUGACGGAACAAGGGUUCCGACUCCAUCCCAGAGUGGCCUCGCCUAUCUUCCCAGUCGUAGUGCACCUCCUCAGCCCUCGGGAUUGCAGCAAAGCAUGCCAACUCCAAGCUCCUCAACUUCAUCACGGCCGCUUUCUUAUGCGGCUGCUAUCCAGUCGGUUCCUCAAGACUGGCACAUUGAAUUUAGUCUCGGUGACCGAGUAAUCCCGAAUGAGACGACCAUCUACCGAGCAGUGCACAAUACCUCGUCCCAGCCCGAUGAUCAUUUAAGUCGUAGUGUGUGGUCCACGAUGCACGUUAUCAAGUUCCGUCGUGUUCAAGGGCCCCCGCCGGCUGAGCCAACCGGAUUUGGAUCCUCAUUUGACGUUCCUUCUGACGUGAAUGGUGUCCCGGCUUCUCUUUCGAAUAACCCAAUCGCCGCAUCAAUCCUUCGCCUCCUCAACAUUUUGCAUGACCUAAACGCAAACAUUGAAGACAUUAUGGUGGAAAAUAAGGAUAUGCUGAAGCUCAACGUGGAACCCGCUUCCCAGUUUGUCAAUACGAAGUUGACCGCCAAGCUCAAUAGGCAGCUAGAGGAACCGCUCAUCGUAGCUAGCAAUUGCUUACCGAGCUGGAGCGAGGAUCUGGCAAGGCUGUAUCCAUUCUUGUUCCCCUUCGAAACUCGUCACUUAUUCCUCCAGUCGACGUCAUUUGGUUAUGCCCGAUCUAUGAGCCGAUGGCAAAAUGCCCAACAGGAGGAGACCUCGGGCCGUGACCGACGAGAUGAGCACCUAUUCCUUGGACGACUUCAGCGUCAAAAGGUGCGAAUUUCGCGCUCUAAAAUACUAGAAUCUGCACUGAAGGUAAUGGAGCUUUACGGCAGUUCGCAGAGCAUCCUCGAAGUUGAAUAUUACGAAGAGGUUGGAACGGGCCUUGGUCCUACCCUCGAGUUCUACUCGACAGUAUCCAAGGAGUUCUCCAAGCGGAAACUCAGGUUGUGGCGUGACAUGGAUUCAAAGAACACGGAAUUCAUUCCUGGCUCGCUAUUCCCUCGACCGAUAAGUGAUGACGACUCGAGCGCAAAUGUCAUUCUACAGUUGUUCAAGAUGCUCGGAAAGUUCGUUGCGCGAUCCAUGAUUGACUCUCGCAUUAUCGAUCUCAACUUCAACCCCAUCUUCUUCCGCAUUGGCGAAGGUUCUUCGGGUGUGAAGCCAUCCCUAGGCGCUGUUAAAGCGGUGGACUCUGGCCUCGCAAAUUCUCUGAAGCAUAUUAAGAAGUUUGCCAUGGCUAAGAAGGCGAUUGAUGAAGACCCUAAUCGUACUCCCGCACAAAAGGUUGCAGACAUUGAGAAGAUCAUUGUGGACAAUGGAAGGCUAGAAGAAUUAGCCCUGGAUUUCACAUUACCUGGUUAUGCAGACAUUGAGCUCGUCUCUGGCGGAUCCCAUAUCCCGGUCACCAUCUACAAUGUCGAGUCAUAUCUGGAGAAGGUCAUUGAUUUAACAUUGGGCCGAGGCGUCAAACGUCAGGUGGAAGCUUUCCGCACUGGUUUCUCCCAAGUAUUCCCGUAUUCGGCUUUGAAUGCCUUCACCCCCAAUGAAUUGGUGGAAUUGUUUGGCCAGGUUGAUGAGGAUUGGUCCCUGGAGACUCUUAUGGACUCCAUCAAGGCAGACCAUGGUUUCAACAUGGAUAGCAGGACUGUUCGCAAUUUACUGCAGACCAUGAGCGAGUUGAACCCUCAACAACGUCGAGACUUCCUACAAUUUACUACUGGUAGUCCGAAACUCCCUAUCGGUGGAUUCAAGAGCUUGACUCCCAUGUUUACGGUAGUCUGCAAACCCAGCGAACCCCCUUACACAUCAGACGACUACCUACCGAGCGUCAUGACUUGUGUCAACUACCUGAAAUUGCCCGAUUACACUACUAUCAAGAGCAUGAAACGACAGUUGUUCACUGCUAUCAAGGAAGGUCAGGGUGCCUUCCAUCUCUCCUAAUCUCUGAGGGGCUAGGAGAGCAAAACACAUGCAAAUUUUCACGAAUCAAUCAAUAUUGUGAUACAUGGACGGCAUUGAUGAGGGGAGGGGGAAUGAGGCAUUGAUUUAUUCAUUUUUCGUGCUGGCGUGACUGGGGUGUUUUUCAUUCCUGGCAAAAUUUGCCAUAAUUCAAUUUCGACGUCCGUCAUGAACGACCCUUGACAAUUAAGAUGGAAGUCGGAAUAAGGCACGAAAGAGAUAAGGAAUGGUUGGGGGACUCGUCUGAUGCAUGGAAGGGUCGUUUCGGCGUUGAGAUGAUCAACACGAUUCCAGGUGGUAUUUGGCAUCAGACUGGACAGCUCUAACAAGGCCUAGCACUUACUUCAUUUUACUCUUGCAAUGAGGGUGGCUACAUCAGGUAGAUAGAUUGACCCAGUUUGUCAAAGUAUUGAUUUCUAAAAAUAUGCCCCUUUUUGUGUCUAAUAAUG